UAAAACGCUCGGCUGGACACCGAGUCGCCACCAGUCUCCAAGUGUCCGCUGCCAGCAGCAAGCCGAGCACCGCAGGAGUAGCGAGCGACAUGGGCCGCACGACGAGGGUACUGGUGGCAGCAGGCCUGCUAUUGGCAGUGCUGAGUCAGGAUGGUAUGGCACGGCCUUGGGGCCACGGAGGCGGCGGAGGCGGCGGCCACGGCGGAGGUGGAGGCGGCGGCCACGGCGGAGGCGGAGGCGGUGGAGGUGGCGGUGGCGGACACGGAGGUCACGGGGGCGGCGGCGGUGGCGGACACGGAGGACACGGUGGUGGUGGCGGCGGACACGGAGGUGGUCACGGAGGCUACGGUGGCGGCGGACACGGAGGCGGUCAUGGAGGCUACGGUGGUGGCGGACACGGAGGCUACGGUGGCGGACACGGAGGUCACGGGGGCGGCGGCGGCGGUGGCGGACACGGAGGACACGGUGGUGGUGGCGGCGGACACGGAGGUGGUCACGGAGGCUAUGGUGGCGGUGGACACGGAGGCGGUCAUGGAGGCUACGGUGGCGGCGGACACGGAGGCUAUGGUGGCGGUCACGGCGGAGGUGGCGGCGGGCACGGAGGUGGCGGCCAUGGAGGCGGUGGUGGUGGACACUACACUGACUUUGUCGCCUACCCACUGUACACCUACGGUUAUGACGUGUCUGACAAGCACACUGGAGACCACCACGGACAUAAGGAGGACAGAAAGGGACACAGUGUGAUCGGAGAGUACCACAUCAAGGAGCCGGGCGGCGACGUGCGCGUCGUCAAGUACAAGGCGGACAACAAGCACGGCUUCCAGGCUCACGUGAGCGGCGGCGCCGCAGGCGGAGGUCACAACGACCACUCCGGUUAUGGAGGCGGCGGACACGGAGGCGGCGGCGGCGGUGGUGGUCACGGAGGCGGCGGCGGCGGAGGCCACGGAGGUUACGGAGGCGGCGGACACGGAGGCGGCGGUGGUGGUGGCCACGGAGCACCACCGUCCAUGCAAUACGCCGUGGCAGUGAAGGCUACUCCGCCAAAGCGGCAAGGCACCGCUAGUGGCAGCGCGAGAAGCCGCCGCCCCCGCCACCGCCCCCACACCAGCUCCGCUCUGGCGCCGUGGGCUACCCCUCCUCCGGCAAGUGGGUCAGGGGUGCAGCUGCAGCAGCAACCAGGCUGCUUGCAACGGCCCAACACUGCAGCAUCUCCUCCUCCUCCUCCACAAUCUCAUCCUUGCCAAUCUCGCAAGGUAUAG